AUGUCCUGUCCAGACUGUUUCCGGGGUUUCAUUCAUAAUUACGCAGAGCCAACCGGUUCUGAACGGUUGCUUUAUGGCGUUCGGACGUACUGUGCCGGCUCCCAAGAGCAGCAAGCCUCGUCUUCCACCAUCAUCAUAUUCACGGAUGUUUUUGGCCUCAACCUAGUUAACAACAAGCUAGUAGCAGACUACUUUGCAUCAGAAACGGGAUACACCGUGUUAGUCCCUGAUCUUGUUCCUUCGAGAGGCAUACAUCCUACUUGUUUUCCAGUCAUGGACUGCGUUGUCACACCUGUUAAGUGGUGGGACGUAUUCGGCCACAUCAAACGCGUGCUCAGUGCUAUCCGAAUGCUUGGGUUCUUUCUCCCUAUUGCUCUUGGCACCAAGGCCGCAUACCCCCGUGUGUUGGACUACACACGCGCUGUCAAAGCCGACCUGGCUGUUGGUGCGAAACUCGGCGUUGCAGGGUAUUGCUGGGGCGGCCUGCAGAGCACAAAAUUGUCACAGGAACCAGCGACUGAAGGGGGAAGCGACAGGCUUAUUGAUGCACACUAUACGGCCCACCCGUCCUCACUCAAGCUUCCUGACGAUCUUGUUCAGUCCGUGGGAAAGUAUAACGUCCCCCUUAGUUUGGCAUCUGGCGACGGUGACUUCGCCGUGACUCCCGAGCGCAUGGUUGAGCUUGAGGCGGCGAUGCGACAAAGAUUUGGUGAUGGUGAUGGGGAAUAUGCGUUCGAACUCAAGAUGUAUGAGGGCUGCAAACAUGGCUUUGCAAUUAGAGCAGAUCGCAGAAGGACACAUGAGGAUACCGCGGCGAAUGAGGCUGCUAUUCAGGCUGUGGAAUGGUUCAAGAGAUUCCUGUGA